AAUUCUUUUUUUAGACAUACGACAUUAUUAGUGUAGAUGCUACGCGCUUGUGUUGACGUGUAAUCUCGGACUAUAAUUCAUAGUUUACCGAUUAGCAACAAUCAUUAAUUAAUAUUAGGUCUAGACAAUGUUGCGUUUCAAACGAGAUCUGGAUGCGUCGUAUCCCCACGUGUGGGACCGCUGGGAAGCCGACGGGAAGACCUGGAUAAUCCAAGACUUACCUCCCGAGGACGAUGAGACCGCGCUCCAGAUGAUGGUGGAACAUUGGCUUCCAGAUGAACCUUUGAGCUCUAGUGCUGGCAUACUCGACGAUCCGGUUAGUUUAGAAUGCUUCAAACACAUGUGGAGAGAGUGUUUGUCCCAGCGCAUGAGUCUUGGUUGCUAUACAAUCGUCGAAGGCCAAAAAACUCUAGUAGGAGCAAACGUGUGCAUGGUAAUGCAAAAGGAAGAUAAUGAUAAUAUACAGUUAGAAGAAAAGAGUGCUCUGAACGUUUACGGCGUACUUUUACAUUUAGAAUCAAUGGCUGACCAGUAUGAGCACCUCGGAACGCAGAAAAUACUAGAUGCGUUUGGUCUGGUCGUACAUAGGGACUACCGAGGUUGCCGGCUUGGAGGCAGAAUUUUAGCUGCUAGGGAGCCUCUAAGCAAGUCUAUAGGUGUGAAAGGAACAGUAUCAAUGUUCACUGGGCCGGCCUCACAGAAGCUAGCAAAGAACUGUGGCUUCACAACAAUCUCCAAAGCAACGUGGUCGGAACUAGCCGACGUUGGUCUUGACUUCCCGAGAGAGGACAAAGUGGUUAAAUACAUGAUCAAGAAGUUUAAAUGAAAAUAUUUUAGCAACCAAGUAUCAAGUACGAACGAGCAUUUAUUCAUAUGAAACCACCGAAACCAUAUUCCCUAAGGAUGGUUUUAGUGUCACGCGGACCGUCCGGUGCGGACCCGCUCCGCACAACCAAUCUGUAUGAACUUCUAGGGAGCGUU